GGCGCCAGGAGAAACCCAGGGCGGCGCGCUCGUCGGCCACCUCCCCGGAGCGGCCCGGCCCACCAACAGCCUUCCCGGAGGCCGGACAGAGCGCGAGGGAAACAGAGGGGGAGGCGUCUCCUGAGCGACCUCCUGCCCCCCGAGACCGGCGGCUCCAUUGCCCCCUCCUGCGUUUAGAUCAAAAUGGGAUUCAUCUUUUCAAAAUCUAUGAAUGAAAACCUGAAGAGUCAACAGGAGUUCAUGCUCAUGAACUCUCGACUUCAGCUGGAAAGACAGCUACUGAUGCAGAGUCAAAUGCGAGAGAGACAGAUGGCUAUGCAGAUUGCUUGGACAAGGGAAUUCCUCAAAUAUUUUGGAGUAUUUUUUGGACUUGCUGCUGUAGGUCUAACUGCUGGAGCAAUAAAAAACAAGAAACCAGGACUGUUCCUUCCAAUGGUUCCCUUAAGCUUUAUACUUGCCUACCAUUAUGAUAUGGGCUAUGGAACACUUUUGCAAAGGAUGAAGGGUGAAGCAGAGAACAUACUUGACACAGAGAACACCUUGCUAGAAAUGCCAAAAGGAGCCCUCACUUUUGAAAGUCUUGAAAAAGCCAGAAGAGCUCAGAGCAAGUUCUUUAUAGAAAAAUAAGAAGACUGUAACUACUCAGUACUUCAAAGCACAAAAUUAUUUGUUUGUAAUCAUGUUGCUGACUUAAAAUAUGUCAAAUUAUUUGUUUUGAGAACAUAAUAUUUUUAAAAUAAAAUGAAUUUCAUUUAAAAA